ACGUGGCUUAGGCCGGGGCGCCAGUUUAGGUUACCUGGCUUUUCGUGUCUCCAGGAUGACAGGGAUGAUGGAUGGGCUGGCUGUUCUUUAUUCAUCAGUAGAUCUAUCUCCUACAAUGAGAUUCCUAUUCCUCCACAUAGACUGCAUGUUGUCGCUGCCAGAGCAAUGAAUAUUUCCUUCAUAUCUGUUUACCCUUCCCUAGAACUAAUAAUGGAAUUAAAAACCCUCCUUGCCCCAAUUAAUGGCCCUCUUAUCAUCCUGGUAGAUUUUAACUGUAAACAUACCAUGUGGGGCUCUCACUUCUUCUUAGAUUUCCUGGAUAUUAACGUCUGCGUCUUAUAUGAUGGUUCAGCCACUCGCAGAGUCUUACCUAUCCAAAACCCUAGUGCCAUUGACCUAACUCUGGUUUCGCCCUCAAUGGCCCCUCUUCUCAAUUGGAAAGUGCUCCAUCAUUCCGCCCUCUCUCCCAGGGACAUUGCUCCCCUUUUUUUUAAAAGAGGAGCAAUCGAUAUUUUUAUCGAUUGGAGAAAUCGGACUGGGACAAGUUCUCCUCUAUUCUUGAAGAGGAAUUAUCAAAUUCACCAGAUUUUAAUUCUGAUAACUUCUUGAAUCUAUAUGGUAAAUUCGCAGGCGCUCUUUCUACAGCAGCAAUUAAAUUUAUCCCCAUUAAAAAUUCAGCUAAUGGUAAGCUUUCUUCUCCUCUGUGGUGGGAUUCUGAAUGCACUGCCAGUGUUCGCGAGCAAAAUUUAGUCGAGAAUAUCUAUGCUGCUGAUCUCAAUAUGGGCAACUAUAUUAUGUACCUACUACUACUACUACUAUAUACCUUCCAAAAAACAUCAGCACGUAUUAAAAGAUCGCCAAAAAGAAAGACUUGGGAUGGCAGAGAUUCUGUGAGACUCUUUCUCCACGCUCCCCCGCAUCACUAAUAUGGAAAAAGGUCAAAUGUUUCAGAAGAUCAACGUCAUCGACUAAUAAUCGUACCCCUAACAUUGCCGAUCCUUUGCUCACCGGAUUCGAGGGCACACUGGCCCCCGCCUUUGUACCUGAUGAGGAUUGCCUUCCCACAUCCCCUACGUCGAGAAGCUUACCAGAUAGAAUGGAGGACAUAUUCACAUUUGCCGAGUUAAACUGUGCAUUGGAUAAUCUAAGGGACUCCUCACCAGACCACUGCGGUAUUCUGGGGAAUGAAACAGCUGACUUAUGUGCUGAGGAAGCCACCCGGCUUGGAAAUAUCACACAUUAUCAAUGCUAUACCCGGGACCUCCAUAUUUCAGCCAAACCCCAAAUAUUUAAGAUUUGGGACAAUCUCUGGCAGAAGAUCCGCUUAUCUAAAGGCAAAAAAUACGGAGACCUUCAACCGGACAUACCUCGUCGUCCUAGGUUCUUUAAGCGCACAAACCUAAGUAAACUGAUUAAAACAACCUUGGAUAGCAUUCUGAACUCACCGUGAAAAGUGAUUAUCCCUGUGUAUGUUACAAUAGUAAGUUUACAAUUAAAUUGCCUGUAACAGCUAACAAUGUCACACAUGGACGUAAAACACGAAAUUGUGAAUGUUAAGGAGGAGGCAAGCGAGUUGAAAAACAGCCCAAUGGGUUUGCUUGUGACUAUUAAUAUCAAACAAGAGCCAGUUGAUGUUGAGGAAGUACAUAACACAGAGACGCCGAAUCUGUAUGCAGAUCAUGAAAUCAAGAAAGAGGUGGUCAUAGGUCCAGUGGUGUUGCAGCCACCUACUGUCAACAAAAUUAGUCAUAAACUGACUCAUACUGGAGAGAAAGUAUAUGAGUGUAACCACUGUAGCAAAUCUUUUACCCAAAAAUCAUAUCUCAACAAACAUGUAAUUAUCCAUUCAGGAGAGAAACCAUACAAGUGUGAACAUUGUAACAAAUCUUUUAACAGUAAAGCAAACUUUAACCAACAUUUAAUCAUUCAUACUGGAGAGAGACCAUACAAAUGUGAACAUUGUAACAAAUCUUUUAACAGUAAAGCUUAUUUUAAUAAACAUUUAAGGCUUCACACUGGAGAGAAACCAUACGAAUGUGAACAUUGUGACAAAUCUUUUUACAGUAAAGCAAACCUUAAUCAACAUUUAAUUACUCAUACUAGAGAGAAACCGUACAAAUGUGAACAUUGUGAUAAAUCUUUUGCCAGCAAAGCCUAUUGUAGACAACAUUUGAGGCUUCAUACUGGCGAGAGACCAUUCAAGUGUGAACAUUGUAACAAGUCUUUUCAUAGUAAAGCAAAUCGGAAUAGUCAUAUAAAGUUUUGUAUUGGACAGACACCAUACAAGUGUAAUAUUUGCAGUAGAUGUUUUGGGGACAAAACUUUACUGAAAUAUCAUUUAAUGAACCAUACUGGGAAGAAGCCACACAAGUGUGAUAUUUGCCAUAAACGUUUUGUAAAAAAAUAUUUUCUCAAGCAGCAUUUGAUGAUUCAUACUGGCGAGAAACCGUACAAGUGUGAUAUUUGCAAUAAGGGUUUUAGAAGAAAAUGUUAUCUCAAGGAUCAUACAAAGACACAUAGUAGCAGUGUGACCUGUUACAGACUUGUCAGAGUCGAAUUGUUGAAAGACCAUGCAUUAAAUAAAAAUUAAAAUAUCGACACUUGAAAGGCAAAAUGACAUAAGCGACACUUUUCACUUUACCAUUGGAACAGAAACAUUAGCUGAUAUGAGCCAAACGUGUUGCUUAUCCCAUUUUGCCUUUCAAGUGUCGAUAUGUAUUUGUGUGUUCACUAACUUAGACAUAAGGUUCAAUAUUCAAUUAGGACAAUAGGAUCUCUGGAUUGGCAUUUUUUUAGAGAGGUAUUGUGAAAAAAAUCCAAUGUCCGCAAUAUCGCAGAUCCGACCCACUGUGCAAAGUUAACAUAAAUAUAGUGUACCUGCCUGUCGCCAAUUACGUCAAUUUUUAAUGUUCUUAAGUGAUUACCCCGAUCCCGAAAAGGUCCUGGGACCUAAAAAUAUUGUCGUAAGGCAGUCUCCAUUUUCUGUCUAUGUUCCUCGAAGUUUAGGUAAACAAACUACAAAGUACAAAUGCUUUUAUUUUAUGUUUGGUUAAAAAACUUCUUGUUUAUAAAAAAAAGAUUGCGCGUGAUGCUUUUUUGAAAUUAGCUCCGAUUCUGUGAGCACUUACUCUGUGUACGCCAGUAAUUCUUAUUCUCUGUGAAUUGUUUAGUCAAAGUUAUGGGGUUUUUGUUUCCUUUGUUGUCUUACUCGGUAGAUUCGACAUAUAGGUAUGGUAAACUCUCUUGUACUGUGUUCCAGGAAUAGCUUUUUGUGAUUAGGCUUUGUAUUAGUUUUGUACCUACUAUUUUGCUGCCGAUUAGAGUUGUUGCUGGAUACAUCAUUAUUUUCCUUUUCUUUAAUGCCUGGUCCCCCGUUAUGGUGAGGAUCCAUAUUCAAAAUUUGUUGUUAAAAUCAAUGAAGAAAACCUAUAAAACCUGACAUUUCAUUGGAUAGGAUAAAUUGAAUUUGCCACUCUGUUUGAUUUCCUGCCAAUUAAAUGGAGUAAUUUGUGUUGGCAUCUAAAUGACGUUCAUGAGUGCAGUUUGGUAAUUUUCCGAAAAAUUUGAAAAAGUGAAAAGCUUAACAGAAAGAUUUCUGAAGAAUAUAAUUCGAAAUCUCGUAUUAUUAUUAGGUAUCUCCUUUGAAGUGUUAUUUAGCGUGAAUUACAAAACAAAAGUCUACCUUUAGCUUAAACCAAGUUCAUAGUUCUCGAAAUGACUGAGUUCAGAAAAGUCUGAUGUAUGAAUUGGAUGUGAAUUGAGUGAAUAUAAUCAGAUAACUGGAACCGACUAUCAGACACGAAAUCUGACAUGUAUUCCCAGGCUUACAAAUAUGUAUUUAGUUUUAGGAGAUUCAUAGUAAUAUUCUAUGAUCUUAUAUGCGGUAGGUAGUAUUAGUUUUAUAGUUUCUUUAGUUUUAUAAAAUUUACAUUAUAAUUUUAUUUCAAAAUAUAAUGUAU